GUUAAAUUCACUGCUACGCUUAAAACCUUCGACUUACGUCUCCACAAAUCCCAAUUUCAAUCCCACUUCGCCAUUCGUAUAGUUUCCCCAAGGAGGAGAUUUAGCUAGGGCUGUAGAUCCAUCAACCGAUCUACAAUGUCCAAAACAAUGUUUCGGUUAGGUUUAAUGGUGUUUUUGCUGUUGUUAAAUUCAGUUCCAUCGCGAUCAGCUGUGUCUAGUAUUGAUCUGGGUUCUGAAUGGAUAAAAGUUGCCGUGGUGAAUCUAAAACCGGGUCAAGCUCCGAUAUCCAUCGCCAUAAACGAAAUGUCUAAACGGAAAUCGCCAGCUCUAGUGGCGUUUCACGCUAAUGAUCGUCUCAUUGGCGAGGAGGCAGCUGGGAUUGUUGCACGGUAUCCUGAUAAGGUUUAUUCUAAUGUACGUGAUUUAAUUGGAAAACCCUUUUCUCAUGUCAAGAAGAUUCUAGAUUCCUUGUAUCUGCCUUUCAAUGUGGUUGAAGAUUCUAGAGGCGGCGCCGGGAUCAAAAUCGAUGAUGGCGUUACUGUGUAUUCGGCGGAGGAAUUGACUGCUAUGAUUUUGGGUUAUGCUUUGAAAUUGGCUGAGUUCCAUAGCAAGGUGCCGGUGAAGGAUGCUGUUAUUACAGUGCCUCCGUAUUUUGGGCAGGCGGAGCGGAAGGGUUUGCUUCAGGCGGCGCAGUUGGCUGGAUUGAAUGCUCUUUCUCUCGUUAACGAGCAUUCAGGUGCUGCACUUCAGUAUGGGAUCGAUAAAGAUUUUUCCAACGGGUCGAGACAUGUUAUUUUCUAUGAUAUGGGAUCUAGCAGCACUUAUGCUGCUCUUGUUUACUUCUCGGCUUAUAACACUAAGGAAUACGGCAAGACUGUUUCUGUCAAUCAAUUUCAGGUGAAAGAUGUUAAAUGGGAUCCAGAACUAGGUGGUCAAAACUUGGAAUUACGGUUGGUGGAACACUUUGCAGAUGAGUUCAACAAACAGGUUGGAAAUGGAGUUGAUGUCAGAAAGUCUCCCAAGGCGAUGGCUAAACUGAAAAAGCAGGUUAAACGUACAAAAGAAAUCCUUAGUGCAAAUUCUGCAGCACCAUUUUCAGUUGAAUCACUUCUUGAUGACCGUGAUUUUAGGAGCACAAUUACUCGUCAGAAAUUCGAAGAGAUGUGUGAAGAUUUGUGGGAAAGAUCUAUUAUCCCUGUCAAAGAAUUGCUUAAACACUCUGGUUUGAAGGUUGAUGAGAUAUACGCCUUUGAGUUGAUUGGAGGUGGCACUCGAGUACCAAAGUUGCAGGCUAAGCUUCAAGAAUUCAUUGGAAAGAGUGACGUGGACAGACAUCUAGAUGCUGACGAGGCAACAGUUCUUGGUGCUUCAUUACAUGCUGCAAAUAUAAGUGAUGGAAUCAAAUUAAACCGUAAACUUGGUAUGGUUGAUGGUUCCAUGUAUGGUUUCAUGAUGGAUUUAGAAGGUCCUCAACUUGUAAAAGAUGAAACCACCACACAAUUACUUGUACCACGCUUAAAAAAGUUACCCAUCAAGAUGUUCCGAUCAAUCACUCACAACAAAGAUUUUGAUGUUUCACUUUUAUAUGAAGAUGAACACCUCUUGCCACCUGGCAUUACUUCACGUACUUUUGCAAAGUAUUCUGUCUCUGGUCUAACUGAUGCUAGUGAAAAGUACAUGUCACGCAACCUUUCAUCCCCUGUGAAAGCCAGUCUCCAUUUCUCUCUUAGUAGAAGUGGCAUAUUUUCAUUGGAUAGAGCCGAUGCUGUGAUUGAAAUUUCUGAGUGGGUAGAAGUUCCAAAAAAGAAUGUUUCUGCUCCCCUCAACUUAACUGUUGAAGCUGAUUCCACCAAAGAGACAGAAGCUAGUGAUGAUACGAGUACCAACUCGGUUAACGCCACUGAAAAUGACCAAAAUACCCUUGAUCUUGGCACUGAAAAGAAACUGAAGAAACGUACUUUCAGAAUUCCUCUAAAGAUAUCUGAGAAGACUGUGGGGUCAGGGGUACCUUUGUCAGAUGAAGCUCUUGCAGAAGGUAUCAAAAGAUUGACUGCACUUGAUGCAAAGGAUGCAGAAAGAAGGAGAACUGCAGAGACGAAAAAUGAUCUUGAAGCAUACAUAUAUGCAACCAGAGAAAAGCUUGAUUAUUUGGAUGAAUUACAAACAGUUUCUUCUAGCGAGCAACGCCAGUCAUUCAUUGAAAAACUUGAUGAGGUGCAAGAUUGGUUGUACAUGGAUGGUGAAGAUGCUUCAGCUACUCAAUUUGAAGAACGUUUGGAUCAACUGAAGGAUAUCGGGGACCCCAUAUUUUUCAGAUACAAGGAGCUUACAGCAAGGCCAGAAGCAUCAAAAAGUGCUAGACAGUAUUUAACUGAGCUUCAAGAGAUUGUUAGUGGGUGGGAAUCCAAAAAACCAUGGAUUCCAAAAGAGAAAAUUGACCAGGUACUACGUGAGGCAGAAAAUCUUAAGAAGUGGUUGAACGAUAAGGAGGCUGAGCAAAAAAAGAUAUCAGCAUCCGCGACUCCCGCUUAUACAUCUCAAGAAGUUAUGAGCAAGCUAUUUGAUCUUCAAGACAAGGUUGCGAGCACGAAUAGAAUCCCGAAGCCAAAACCGAAAGUUGAGAAGGUGAGCGUGAAGAAUGAAACCGAGACUCCAACUCCAACUGAGGAGACAAAAGGGAAUGAUGAGAGUAGCAGUGAGUCCAAAAAAGAAGAGACAGAGACAGAGACAGAUGGGGAAUCUACUACAUCUACACAUGAUGAGCUAUGAUUUAACCAACAUUGCCAUACAGAACAAGCAGCAAAGCUUCUGUUUUUUUAUAGGAGGGAAGGAGGUGGUUAGGAGGUAGUUAAAACUUAAAAUCAAUAUAAUAUCAUAUAUGAGAAAAACCAAUUCAGUACUUCCAUUCCAAUCCAUUAUUUGGAUCUAUUUUUGUCCCAGUUUUGUAUCUCGUAAGUCACUCAUGUAUAAUACUUACUACUA